AUGAAGCUGAAGCUCCCGAACCCGGGUCUGGACCAGCGGAUCCCGUCCCAUGCCGACCUGGAGCGGCUGGAGGUGGAGGAGGCGGACAGCAGGCCCAAAUGGGACAACAAGACCCAGUACAUGCUCACCUGCGUGGGCUUCUGCGUGGGGCUCGGCAACGUCUGGAGGUUCCCGUACCUGUGCCAGAGUCACGGAGGAGGUGCGUUCAUGAUCCCCUUCCUGAUCCUGCUGGUGCUGGAGGGGAUUCCUCUGCUGCAUCUGGAGUUUGCCAUCGGCCAGAGACUCAGGAGUGGCAGUGUGGGGGUCUGGAGUUCCAUACAUCCUUACCUGGCCGGAGUUGGCGUUGCUUCUAUGAUGGUGUCCUUCAUGGUGGGCAUGUACUACAACACCAUCAUCGCCUGGGUCAUGUGGUAUUUCUUCAACUCCUUCCAGGACCCGUUGCCAUGGAGCCAGUGCCCCCUCAAUGAAAACAGAACAGAUGUGGUGGAGGAGUGCGCCAGGAGCUCCUCGGUGGACUACUUCUGGUACAGGGAGACCCUGAACACCUCGGCCAGCAUCGAGGACUCGGGAGGCCUGCAGUGGUGGAUCGUGCUGAGCCUGGUGUGUGCCUGGACAGUGCUCUACGUCUGCUGCCUACGAGGCAUCGAGACCACGGGGAAGGCAGUGUACAUCACGUCCACUCUGCCAUAUGUGGUCCUCACCAUCUUCCUGAUCAGAGGGUUGACCCUGAAGGGUUCCACCACUGGGAUAGUCUACCUCUUCACUCCCCAGCUGGAGGAGUUGAUGAAUCCUAAGACGUGGCUGGACGCCGGGGCCCAGGUCUUCUACUCCUUCUCUCUCGCCUUCGGAGGACUCAUCUCCUUCUCCAGCUACAACUCUGUCCACAACAACUGUGAGCAGGAUGCGGUGAUCAUCUCGGUGAUAAAUGGUGUCACCUCCGUCUACGCUGCCAUUGUCAUCUACUCCAUCAUCGGCUUCAGGGCCACAGAGAGCUAUGAUGCCUGCCUCAACGGGAACAUCUUGUCUUUGCUGAAUGCGUUUGACCUUCCUGAGGGGAGCGUUAACGAGAGCAACUACCAGGAGACCCUGGAUCACCUCAACGCCACCUCCACGGAGACCAUCCAGGGCCUCGGCCUGGUCACAUGCGACCUGCAGACCUUCCUCAGCCAGGGUGUGGAGGGAACUGGUCUGGCCUUCAUCGCCUUCACGGAGGCCAUUACCAAGAUGCCGGUCUCCCCUCUCUGGUCCGUGUUGUUCUUCAUCAUGCUCUUCUGCCUGGGGCUGUCCACCAUGUUUGGCUCCAUAGAGGGAUGUGUUGUUCCCCUGCAGGACCUCAACAUCUUCCCAAAGCGCUGGCCCAAAGAGGUGCUCACAGGGAUCGUGUGCCUGGUGUCGUUCAGCAUAGCGCUGAUCUUCGCUCAGGGCUCGGGCAACUAUUGGCUGGCCCUGUUCGACAGUUUCGCCGGCUCCAUCCCCCUCCUCAUCAUCGCCUUCUGUGAGAUGAUGGCCGUCAGCUACCUCUAUGGCAUCGACAGGUUUAACGAGGACAUUGAGUUCAUGAUCGGCCACAAGCCCAACUUCUUCUGGCAGGCCACCUGGAGGGUCAUUAGCCCACUGCUGGUCUUCGUCAUCUUCGUCUUCUACCUCGCCACCACGGCAACCAAAGAGCUCACCUACAUCGUCUGGAACCCAGAAUGGGCCGAUUUCCCCAGCCUGGAGAAGCUCUUCUACCCUGAUUGGAUGUACGUCAUCAUCUUCAUCCUGUCCGGGGUGCCGGCGUUGGCCAUCCCGGGGGUGGCUCUUUACAAGUGGGCGUGUUCACGCUGCUGUGGGGCUAAGGACAACGCUUACGACACGCGCAGUAGCAUCAGCUCCGUCUCCUCGAAAGUACAAAUGUCACAGAUAACGACUUUAAAGUCAUAA